AGUCCUCAUCGCUCGGAGCUUCUUUUUGGCCCACCGACACUCAGACAGCACGCAUAGACAACGCUCGGCGCCUUGGAAUUCUUCUCUUCGCACCUUUGAAGACAGUGCACGAGUAAUCAACUCAGGAAGUUACAAUUGCAGACGUUCACACUUGGCAUCAAUACAGUCCACUAUUCCAAGUCACGAUGAAAACGUUUGUUACUUUCGGUGUUCUACUUUUCUGCGUCGCGGCCAGCCUGGCACAGGAGGAGACGACGGACGAGUGCAACAACUACCAGGAGUUAAGCGACGCCUGGAGGAGCGUCCUGAAUCACAAGCCGGAGGCGGGGUGGGAUGACGUCAUUUGUGACGGUAACGACACGGCGGUGGGGGUGGACGAGGGGUGGUACCGCUUCACGGGGGAGGCCGGGGACAGGAUGCCCGUGCAGGCCCCCACCAUGUACCGCUGCGGCGCGCACGCAGGCGUCUUCCUGAACGGACAACACCCCUUCAUCGAGGAGGGCAUCGUCACCCGUCAGGCAUGCGCACACUUCUCCGACAACCACUGCUACUGGAGCUGGGACAUCAAGGUUCGCGCAUGCCCAGACGGGUAUUACGUGUACAAGCUGCCCAAGCCUGUAACGUGUAAGCUAGCGUACUGCGGCACAACCGUGGAUAUAGAAAUCCCUGAAGAACCUCAGCAAAAACACGUGCCAGAUUUGUAACUUGUAAGGUUCAUAUAGGUGAUAAAACAUAGAUAAUAGAGGUACAUUUCCUGUGUCUUAGUGCUAUAGGGAAAAAAGCUACGUAUACAAGCUUUGGUAAUGAAGGUUUAUUUUCUCUGUGUCUUGGGGGGAUAAUAAAGAGACAAGAAUAGUUGAUGGAGAUUUAUUUUCUGUGUUUUGUAGGAAUGCUAUUGGAUAAAGCAUCAUAGACAUGGUUAUUAAAGGUGGACCAGGUAUAUUUUCUAUGUGUCUUGACAUACUAUAGAAAAGUACGCACAUCUACUAGAAGUAUACUUUCUACGUGUCUUGUAGGAAUGAUAUAUAGAAACAAAAAUUAAAGAUGGAGGUAUAUUUUCUAUGUGUCUUGUAGGAAUGAUAUUGGAGAACUAACAUAGUUAUUGGAGGUACAUUUUCUAUGUCUUGUAAGAAUAAUAAUUAUAGUUAAUACAGAGAAAUAUUUUAGACUCUUAACUAUCUAGAUUCUGGACAGUAAAUUGUAUCAAUUAUCACAAUUGUCUGGCGCUCAUCAAUUGUAUGGAUAGAAUCGAAACUUUCAUCAAUAAAAGUCUUUGAGAGGAAGGCAA